UUAGCAAGAAACAGAGAACAAACUGGAGAAACAAAGAUGAACCUGAAGAUUUGACUUUAGAUUCAGAUUACUCAGGACGAGUGGAUCAAGAGAUCACUAAGUACAACUCAGAGCUCAUAAUAUCAGAUGUGAGAGAGAGAGACAGUGGAGAAUAUCAGCUCAUGUUCAUUAUGAAGGAUGGAGUUAAACAUCUCAGCUCAGUCACAGUCAAUCUAACAGUCACAGUUCUGCAGGUGAAGAUACAUCAGGAAUCUACAAACAAAAAUGAGAAAUUACAACUUACUUGUGACACCUCCUGCACUUUAACCUCAAAACCUAAGGGUUUUAGCUGGAAAAAAGAUGGACAACAUACAAGUGAAUCUACAAGCAUUUUUGUGUCAUCUGGCGAAUAUGCUGCCUAUUCCUGUUCUCUUAGUACAGACUUUAAAAUCUCCUCUGCCCCUGUGUGUCUUUCUAACAGUAGCUGUUGGGAUGUGUCUUACACCUCUACAAGAGUUUGUGCUUUAGUGGGAUCAACAGUAGAUAUUCACUCUUCAUACUCACAUCCCACUGGAUAUACAGUAGAAGAAACAUACUGGUAUUAUCUUUAUCGUGGGCAACUCAGAGAUCUACGUGAGGAUCAUCAGUUUUCUGGUCGUGUGGAGUUUGUAGGAAACACACUGAGAAUCAAAGACGUCAGCAUACGAGACACUGGAGAAUAUCACUUCAGCAUCAUCACUAACCCAUCAGAUGCAUUUUUUGGUGUCCCUGGAGUCACUCUCACUGUUACAGGUAACUGCUCAUAA